AUGAGUAAUAUUCUGCCGUUAUUAGUGGGUGAAUGGAGUCGACAAUCCAGUAAAGACGAAACGAAGAUGUUGAAGAGGUCAAGGCGCAAGCAAGCGAUAACGUGGUGUACGACAUCGACCAUAGCUGCACUCGUCUUGAGUAUAUUCACGAUAAUGAAAUUACACUGGGAUCAUGAAUUAAUGAUGAUUUCAGUAUUCGAAAUAAUCGUCUAUAUAUCAGCCGCAUUCGCUUGUAUAUGUGGCUGUUUGAGGGAUGAUCCUUAUCUUAUCAUACCGCACAUCCUUAUUGCUGUACUCGUUAUAAUUAUUCGAUUCAUAGUCUUCAUACUGGCGCUGAUCGCAGCAGUUUUCCCUCAAAGUUAUAACGAACUUUUGAGAAGUCGAAAUCAUCAUAAUGGUUACCCAAAUGACAUAAAACAAUGUUAG